AUAUCUACAAUUUCGCGCCAUAUCUAGAAUAGUUCGACGUACGUUUGAGAAGUUUGAACAACAAUGUCUUCUCCAACUUCAACUCCCGGUGGACGUAAGCGUGGAAGAAGUGACAAUCCAUCUACUCCUGGUAGUGAUGGACCGCUGUCUCCUCCGUCCCAGAGACACCGAGCUCAGGACUCUUCCAACGGGGAUCUGCCACCUAUGCCCACCUCCCCGGCCACAGACAUCCAGAGCCCGGCCGUCCAAGACGCCCUGUUCUCCAGCCCCAGAUGCUCAGUUCUACCCAGUGAGGUGGACAUGAGCUCUCCGCUUACCUACGGGACCCCCAGCUCCAGGGUGGAAGGGACCCCUCGCAGUGGGGUCCGUGGUACCCCGGCCAGGCAGCGCCCGGACUUGGGCUCCGUCAGGAAGGCUCCUCAGGUGGAUCUGCACUCUGAGCCGCCAUCAGCGGACGGAGCAGUGGCCAGCGAGCAGCCAGCAGGUCAGAGGCUGGUCAUCUGGGGGACGGACGUCAACGUGGGGACCUGCAAGGAAAAGUUUCAGAGGUUCCUGCAGAGAUUCAUUGACCUCAAUUCAAAUGAAGAUGAGAAUGCUGGCCUGGACCUGAACGAGCCCCUGUACAUACAGAAGCUGGAGGAGAUCAGUGUUGUUGGUGAGCCUGUGCUGAAUGUGAAUUGUGGACAUGUGCAGUCCUUUGAUGCAGACCUGUACAGGCAACUCAUCUCGUACCCUCAGGAAGUGAUCCCGACCUUCGACAUGGCCGUGAACGAGCUCUUCUUCGAGCGCUUCCCCGACUCCAUCCUGGAGCACCAGAUCCAGGUGCGCCCGUAUAACGCCCUGAAGACCCGCAACAUGAGGAGCCUCAACCCAGAGGACAUUGACCAGCUGAUCACCAUCAGCGGCAUGGUGAUCCGCACGUCCCAGCUGAUCCCAGAGAUGCAGGAAGCCUUCUUCCAGUGCCAGGUGUGCGCUUCCAGCUCCCGCGUGGAGGUGGACCGUGGGCGCAUCGCCGAGCCUGCCGUGUGCCCCAACUGCAACACCACCCACAGCCUGGCGCUCAUCCACAACCGCUCCGCCUUCUCCGACAAACAGAUGAUCAAGCUCCAGGAGUCUCCUGAGGACAUGCCCGCUGGCCAGACGCCUCACACCACCAUCGUCUACGCUCACAACGACCUGGUGGACAAAGUCCAGCCAGGAGACCGCAUCAACAUCACGGGCAUCUACAGGGCUGUGCCCAUGCGCAUGAACCCUCGCCAGAGCAACGUCAAGUCGGUGUACAAGACCCACAUCGACGCCAUCCACUUCCGCAAGACGGACGAGAAGCGCUUGCAUGUCCUGGGAGACGAGAGCGAGCACAAGCUGUUCACGGAGGAACGCGUGCAGACCCUGAAGGAGCUGGCGGCCAAGCCCGACGUGUACGAGCGCCUCUCCUCCGCCCUGGCGCCCAGCAUCUACGAACACGAGGACAUUAAGAAGGGCAUUCUGCUGCAGCUGUUCGGGGGCACCCGUAAGGACUUCAGCCAGACGGGCAGAGGGAACUUCCGUGCCGAGGUCAACAUCCUGCUCUGCGGAGACCCCGGCACCAGCAAGUCCCAGCUGCUGCAGUACGUGUACAACCUGGUGCCCCGCGGCCAGUACACGUCCGGGAAGGGCUCCAGCGCCGUGGGGCUGACGGCCUACGUGAUGAAGGACCCAGAGACCCGGCAGCUGGUGCUGCAGACGGGGGCGCUGGUGCUCAGCGACAACGGCAUCUGCUGCAUCGACGAGUUCGACAAGAUGAGUGACAGCACGCGCUCGGUGCUGCACGAGGUCAUGGAGCAGCAGACCCUCUCCAUCGCUAAGGCUGGAAUCAUUUGCCAGCUGAACGCCCGUACAUCCGUGUUGGCUGCAGCCAACCCAGUGGAAUCACAGUGGAACCCCAAGAAGACGACCAUUGAGAACAUCCAGCUGCCUCACACGCUACUGUCCAGAUUUGAUCUCAUCUUCCUCAUGCUGGAUCCCCAAGAUGAGGCUUAUGACCGUCGCCUGGCCCACCACCUGGUGGCGCUCUACUACCAGAGCGAGGAACAAAUUGAAGAGGAAUUCCUGGACAUGGCUGUGCUGAAAGACUACAUAGCAUACGCACGCACCUACAUUAAUCCAAGACUGAAUGAAGAAGCUGGCCAGGCACUCAUUGAGGCCUAUGUAGACAUGAGGAAGAUCGGCAGUGGCCGAGGCAUGGUAUCUGCCUACCCCAGGCAGCUGGAGUCUCUGAUCCGCCUGGCGGAGGCCCACGCCAAGGUGCGCUUCUCUGACAAGGUGGAGACCAUCGACGUAGAGGAGGCCAAGCGGCUGCACCGCGAGGCCCUCAAGCAGUCAGCCACAGACCCCAGAACUGGCUUUGUGGACAUCUCUAUCCUCACAACUGGAAUGAGUGCCACGGCCCGGAAGCGCAAAGAAGAGCUUGCACAGGCUCUGAAGAAGUUAAUGCAGUCCAAGGGAAAGACGCCUUCCAUGAAAUACCAGCAACUAUUUGAUGACCUCCGAGGACAGUCUGAAGCUGCCAUAACAAAGGACAUGUUUGAGGAGGCACUUCGGGCCUUGGCAGAUGAAGAUUAUCUGACAGUCACUGGGAAGACUGUUCGUCUUCUUGCCUAGAACACAGCCGCCCGCCUCCCAUGUACAGUCAAUAACACCACAUGUCUCUCUCACCCCCUGUAGCAGCGUUCUCUGCUGAGCUGUAAAAUAUCUUUGAUUGCCUGAUGUUAUGAGACUUGAUUAUAGAACUAGCAAUGUAUACUUAGACGCUUUCCAACUGGAGUUAUUGUGGUGAACAAUAAAUGCUUUUGUAUGUAA